AUCCUUUUAAGGGAGUAGAGGGUAUUUUAGUCAACUAACACCGUCGUCCCCCUUCCUCCUUCAAAUUAUUUAAUUCGAUUUGUAGAGAACGAAAUUCGUUGGUCUUCCAUCGGGUAAAUAAUUACCAGCUCACAAUGGUCUGCGAAAAAUGCGAGAAGAAGCUGUCGAAGGUUAUAGUUCCGGACAAAUGGAAAGAAGGUGCCCACAACGCCACCGAAGGCGGCGGUAGGAAGAUCAACGAGAACAAGCUCCUCUCUAAAAAACACAGAUGGACACCUUAUGGACAAACCAAGUGCAUUAUCUGUAAGCAGCAAGUCCAUCAGGACGGCAAGUAUUGUCAUACCUGUGCUUACAGUAAAGGAGUAUGUGCAAUGUGUGGGAAGCAAGUACUUGAUACCAAAUUUUACAAACAAAGCAAUGUAUGAAGACUAGUUUGAUAUGAUGAUUCUGUUUCUCAUGCUAAUAUUACAACAGCAUAAUAUUUGCAUCUCUUGAACUGAAUGUAAUCGUACUUAAUGGAUGGCAUUGGUAUUUGCUUUAUAUUUUUGGUACCUGUAUGAGCAGUGAAAUGCACUUUCUAAGAUCUUCUCAGUAUUUAUCGAGCUAUAUUCUGUACAGUUGUGCCAAUUGUUCAACAUGUAUUUCAUUUUUUUCUUUUUUCCAUCA